AUGUCGCGGCUGAAGAGGCCGGUGUCGGCCUCGGGCCGGGACCUCCGGGCGGGCUUCCGUCACGAGAGGGGCGACAGCGGCGCCGUCGUCCCGCAGGGGCUGCUGAAGGCGGCGCGGAAGAGCGGCCAGCUCAACCUGUCGGGCCGGGAGCUGAGCGAAGUCCCUCAGACAGUUUGGCGAAUAAAUUUGGAUGUCCCGGAGGAAGCGAACCAGAAUCAUUCCUUUAAUUCUUCUGAACGAUGGUGGGAGCAGACAGAUUUGACUAAACUAAUCAUAUCCAACAAUAAACUUCAGUCACUUUCAGAUGACCUCAGGCUUCUUCCUGCACUGACUAUACUUGAUAUGCACGAUAAUCUGCUGACGUCCCUUCCUUGUACCAUAGGCGAGCUGGAAAAUCUUCAGAAGCUUAAUGUCAGUCACAACAAACUGAAAAUACUGCCUGAAGAACUUACAAAACUAAGAAACCUGAAGGGCCUGUUUCUGCAGUACAAUGAGCUGACCAGCGUCCCCGAUGGAUUUGGCCAGUUGCACAGAUUGGAGGAGUUAGAUCUCUCCAACAACCGCCUCACAGCUGUUCCCGCUAGCUUUUCUUCUCUCUCUAACCUGAUGCGGCUCAACCUUGCCGGCAAUCAAAUGAAGGACUUGCCAGCAGAAAUCACUGGGAUGAAAAGAUUAAAGCAUUUGGAUUGCACUUCAAACUGCUUGGAAACUAUACCUUCUGAAUUAGCUAGCAUGGAGUCACUAGAACUGCUCUAUUUACGGAGAAAUAAACUACGUUUUCUACCGGAAUUUCCUUCUUGUAUAUCAUUGAAGGAAUUGCAUGUUGGUGAGAAUCAGAUUGAAAUGUUAGGGGCCGAGCAUCUUAAACAUCUUAAAUCUAUCCAUGUGCUAGACCUAAGAGAUAACAAGUUAAAAUCUAUUCCUGAUGAAAUCACCCUGCUCCAGGCCUUGGAAAGACUUGAUCUAACCAACAAUGAUAUCAGUAGUCUUCCCCAUACGUUAGGAAACCUUCCUCGUUUGCAGUUUUUGGCAUUAGAGGGAAACCCUUUGAGAACUAUUCGGCGAGAACUCCUAAAUAAAGGGACCCAAGAAGUCCUCAAGUAUUUAAGAAGCAAAAUUAAAGGUGAUACAGGAAACCAAAAUGACACGCCCAUUGAGACAGCUAUGACCCUGCCAAGUCAGGCCAGAGUCAACACGCACACCAUCACAACAUUGAAGCUGUUAGACUACAGUGAGAAACAGACAGCUCUGAUUCCUGAUGAAGUAUUUGAUGCUGUAGGAAGCAACAUUAUCACUUCUGUGAACUUCAGUAAGAAUCAUCUGAAUGAGAUACCAAAAAGGAUUGUGGAACUGAAGGCAGCUGUGUGUGAUGUCAAUCUCAGCUUUAACAAGCUUUCCUGUAUUUCUGCAGAAUUGUGCAUGCUUCAAAAACUGACCCACCUGGACAUCAGAAAUAAUCUUUUGGCCUCUUUGCCUGAAGAGAUGGAAGCCUUGGGGAAACUGCAGACUCUCAAUCUGUCCUUUAACAGGUUCAGAACGUUCCCCAGCAUUCUGUAUCGGCUCCGGACUCUCGAAACUGUCCUCCUCGGUAACAAUCAGGUUGGAUCUGUGGACCCCCUGCAGCUGAAGCAGAUGGACAAGCUGGCCACUUUGGACCUUCAGAACAAUGACCUCCUUCACAUCCCGCCCGAGCUGGGCUGCUGCGUGAGUCUCAGGACCCUUCUGCUGGAGGGGAAUCCAUUCCGAAUUCCUCGAGCAGCCAUUUUAGCUAAAGGAACAGAUGCUGUCCUGGAGUAUUUAAGAGACCGCAUUCCUACUUAAUUGGAAUUUUGUAAUCGUCGGCCAGCUAAUGGAUUUGCAUGCUUCGGAGAGCUGGGGAACAUUCAAAAUCUUGUCUGAGAGCUGAUUUGCUAUACUUCAUCUGAUGGUUUCUUCAAACAGUGUAUCAGUUAUUAUUGCUGUGAUUUAUCUGGGGCAUGAAACAAAUGUUCUUACAAUCUUAUUACCACUCAAUGUUAUUUUUACAUUGAAAACCAUGUAUAACAACUUUAUAGUGAUUACUACAGCCUUCUUGAAUGUUUAUACAUUCAUUCUUAAAAGUUUUGAAAUUUAAAAAAGGUAAUAGUGGUUUCUAUAACUGAAAUAUCAUUCCUUUUUAAAGUUGAUUUUUUUUAUAAUGACAAAGCAUUUUUGUAAAAGAUGA